GCACGGCGCUGUGGUGUGGCGCUGCCCCUCCCCGCCCGCAUUGUCUGCGUGUUUUCAAACUGCUGAGCGCCCGCCAAAGCGGCCGGGCCGGGCGUUCGCCGCCGGGGGCCGGGCUCCGCACAAAGGGGAGCCGCCUCGGCCUCGAGCCCGCCUUCCUCGGCGGAGCGAGUGCCGUGGCGGCCGAACGGGCCUUCUUCGCCGCGGAGCUCGGGUCGCCCUGCCCUCCCCGGCCACCGCUCGGCGGAGGAGCGGCCGCGCCUCUCCCGGGGCCGGAGGUGCAAGCUGGAAGCGGUGAUGCGCCGCCCCGCCACCCCUAGGCUGGCUUCGUGCGGCUUAAUGGGCGCGGAACUUAGCGGGCGCUGAUAGAGCCAUGCUAUUAGACGCUGAGCUGUAAAGCCGCCCGUGCCGCAAAGCCCGAGAGCUUCCCGCGCGCCGAUGGUUUCGCUUUUGCUUCCUGAAGCUCUGCGAGCGUAGGAAGGGCGGAACUCAGCUGAGGGUGGCGCGGGGCGCGGGACAGAGAGAAACGGCCCGGCCUCGUGCCUUUAUUCGGCUCUUAGAGAAGUUGAGAGAUCUGCGUUCAGAACUUCACGUGAAGAGGCCGUGGGAGUGCGGGUUCAGGGCUGUUCUGCUGUCUGCUCAUCGCUGCUUUGCCGGGAGCCGCUUCUGAGCGGUUCCUAUGGCACGUGAGGAGUUUGUCCCUGCGUUCAGACCUGUUGAGCGAAGCUUAUCAGAAGCGGCUUCUCUCAGCAUUGCCAGCCGGCAGCAGAGCCCAGCUGCUUCUCGUUUGUACAGCUCAGGCUUUGCACUAAAAUGGAUUUGUAAGGCGUGCCGAAGUGUAAUUCCAAAUUGUCCUUUUGAUUUGAGUCUGCCAGUGGGAGCCUACCAAAUUUCAACACGGUAUGAGUGAAACAAACACAAGAGUGGAAACGUGAUAUCUGUGCUGUUUUCUGUGCCUCCUUUUUUCUUUUCUACCUUAUUCUGCCACUUCUGUGCACUCACAGUUCACUAACAUACAGUUUAGUAAUUUCUGGUUCUGCAGUUAGUCGUUAAGCAUAGAUCCCAUUGGAGUCUGCUUGUUGUUUCCUUUAGUUAGAUAUUUUUUAUAAUUGUCUUUGGAGUCUGCUCCAUUGGUUCCCAUUACCUUAAGUAUGUGUUGGAUCAGAGCCAUCCUCAUUUAAAAAUAUGACUGUCUUAUGUAAUGGAGUAACAUUUUGAUAGCAUAUGGAAUGGAUAGGCAGAAGACAAGGUGAGAGCAGGAACAGAAUUGUGCAAAGGGGCAAUUUGAUGUCAGUUGAAAAAAACUGUAUGUCAUUGUCUGUGGUAUUAUUGGGGAUUGCCUUUGAUUGUUACAGGUCAAUGAACUCAAACGUCUGAGAAUACUUGUUUGUGUAUUUGUGUAUUAUUUAUCUAUUUAUCUAUUUAUCACAGCAUUAAUAUUAAAAUAUAAAAGCAGUUCUGAACAGGAGCACUUCAGAAACACAGAGCUUAACUAAAUAUACUUUGUUGAAAGUAGAACAAAAUGUCAAAAUACAAGUCUGUAUUCAGAACACAGAAGUUUAUUCUUAGGAAGUUCCUUUCCUUCUAACUUUGAAAAGUGAGAGCAGUGUAAAGUUGCUUUAGCUUGAGGACUGUCAAAUUCAGAUCAUUCUCAGCUGAAUUGUAGCUUUGGUUGGAGUCCAGUGGUGUCAAGUACUCUCUUUGGAGAAAAAUUUCCAUUACCUUUUCUGUCUUGGCAGUAGUGUUUGAGAUCAGUUUUCAUUUGCAGCUGAUGUCAGUUAAGUCUCCAGUUAAAGGACUGAAGUCUUUCUAGACAGUUGAACAUCAAUAGAUGAAUGCACUCAGUUUCUCUCGAAGUUCCCAACCUUCAUGGCUUUGGACUAAGCGGUCCAUGUGGCUGUCAUAUGGGAAGGGAAGUGGAAGUGUGUUUUUGGGCAGAUAUCCCUUUUGAUGGGGGUUACAAGAACACGAGUAGUUGGAGGACACAAUGGGUAAUACAGAUUGACAGCCUCUACCUCCUCAUACCUUUCUGAAACAUCUUACUUUUUCUGUGCGCUCAGUAUCAGCUGGUGCUUUUAUGCAGCAUUUAAUUAAAACUCUUUGGCUAGUAGAGUGUUCAGCAUGUUAAAUUUUAAUCCUUAAAUUAAACAAUUAAAUAUUUAAAUAAAUACUUCCUUCAGAUAACAUCAAGUUGGAUCUUUGAUCCUGUAUGCACAGAGUCCUUCAUGGGAAGUGCGUGACGUACUUUUACAUUUAUUCAAAUUUGGGUCAUGAAAUUAAAAGCAAAUGAAAGCACCUCUUGGCUGGUGUGUGUAACCUGAGCACUGAGCAGCACUGAGCAGUACCUCCAUAGAGCCGAAAGUGUUCUGUGCUGAGUACGACAGCGUUAGCAGUGGGAGUUUGGGGGGGUACUGCGGGAUCAGCAGAGCUGUCAGCUCACCCUCCCCGUUCCUGUUUAAGCACGUCAGGGACACGGGCAGACUUAACGUGAGUGUAAGUGACGAGUGGUGACAGCACAGGUAGGAAUCAGUCCUCUCACUGUUGGAUGUAAAUCUGAGUUCCUGUGGGGCAGAUUGUGAUUAUGAGGUUCUUGUGUCUGCAUCAACAAUUAGGAACAUGGUUCUGAGGGGAAUUAAAGUUAUGACGUACUUCAAGGUCGUGCAGCAUGAAUAUUUUGUGGUGUAUGUUUUUAAACAUCUUGAUCACGUGAUUCAAUUUAUUUUCUUUUCUAGGUGAAUUUUAUAUUUUUCAUACGCCCUUGCCUGGUGGCAGGCAGUAAAAGCCUGCCUUGUGCUGUAUGCGUUAGGUGACAGCGCAGCCUCAUGUCCUGCCAGCCACAUUCACGUGAAGCUGGACACUCCUGUACGGCUUUCCUGCCCCGGCAACACAGGCAGGGGCUUUCCUGCGUGGUGCCACCGAGUCCUGUGGCAUUUCUGGCGUCCGCUGUGCUCCUAAUGCUUGCUUACUAAAGCCUUCAUCCGGCAAGAGAUAGAAGAGUCAGUUAUUGACAUUCCACCAAAUGUUCUGCCUAUGCAUCUCAAAAUUGAUGUACAUUUUUAGUAGGGAUUGUCCAAAGAAAGGUUGUUGUCAUAUAGCUCUCAAUAUUUGAGGUGUGGUUCCACUGUUAAUAAACGUUUAAAUGAAGAUCAUUUAUCCCUGAAGAUUGUGGUGCUUCUACAGUUGUGCAAAUGUAAUACAAGCAUGGAGGUCCAAGAAGGAGUCUGUACAGCUUUUGUGAUUUAGUUAAUCACAUUUGAUGGCUUUGUUCCUUUUAUUUCUGCAGAAGUGAAAUGGCUCUUUUUGUGUGUCUGUAGAUUGAUUUGGAUACUAUUGAUGUCAGCAAUCUCAACAGGCAGUUUUUGUUUCAGAAGAAACAUGUUGGAAGAUCAAAAGCGCAGCCCUGACUAUAACGUAGAGUUCUUCCGCCAGUUUACGUUGGUUAUGAAUGCUCUGGAUAACAGAGCUGCCCGUAACCAUGUGAACAGGAUGUGUCUGGCUGCUGAUGUUCCUCUUAUAGAGAGUGGAACUGCAGGCUACCUUGGUCAAGUAACAGUUAUUAAGAAGGGAGUGACAGAGUGUUAUGAAUGUCAUCCUAAACCAACUCAGAAGACUUUUCCAGGCUGCACAAUCCGUAACACUCCAUCAGAACCUAUCCAUUGCAUUGUGUGGGCCAAGUAUUUGUUCAAUCAGUUGUUUGGAGAAGAAGAUGCUGAUCAAGAAGUCUCUCCUGACAGAGCUGAUCCUGAAGCUGCCUGGGAGCCAGCAGAAGCAGAAGCCAGAGCACGAGCAUCAAAUGAAGAUGGUGAGAUUAAACGUGUUUCAACCAAGGAGUGGGCUAAAUCAACUGGAUAUGAUCCAGUUAAGCUUUUUACCAAGCUUUUCAAAGAUGACAUUAGAUAUUUGCUGACAAUGGAUAAGCUGUGGAGGAAAAGAAAGCCUCCAGUGCCACUGGAUUGGGCUGAAGUACAAAAUCAAGAGAAAAGUGUAUCUGACCAACAAAAUGAAUCCUCAGUUUUGAAAGAUCAGCAGGUUCUCGAUGUCAAGAGCUAUGCACACUUAUUCUCAAAGAGUGUUGAAACCCUGAGACUUCACCUGGCUGAGAAAGGUGAUGGAGCAGAGCUUAUAUGGGAUAAGGAUGACCCUUCUGCAAUGGAUUUUGUCACUUCUGCUGCAAACCUCAGGAUGCAUGUUUUCAGUAUGAAUAUGAAGAGCAGAUUUGAUAUCAAGUCAAUGGCAGGAAAUAUUAUCCCAGCUAUAGCUACUACUAAUGCAAUAAUAGCUGGUCUGAUAGUGUUGGAGGGUUUGAAGAUUUUAUCGGGAAAAAUAGAUCAGUGUAGAACGAUUUUUUUGAACAAGCAGCCAAAUCCCAAAAAGAAGCUAUUGGUUCCUUGUGCUUUGGAUCCACCAAAUCCUAACUGUUACGUAUGUGCAAGUAAGCCAGAAGUGACUGUGAGACUUAAUGUACACAAAGUUACUGUGCUAACACUCCAGGACAAGAUAGUGAAAGAAAAAUUUGCUAUGGUAGCACCAGAUGUACAGAUAGAUGAUGGAAAGGGAACCAUUCUUAUCUCUUCAGAAGAAGGAGAAACAGAAGCAAAUAACCACAGGAAAUUAUCAGACUUUGGAAUUCGAAAUGGCACUCGACUACAAGCAGAUGAUUUCCUCCAGGAUUAUACUCUGUUAAUCAAUGUGCUUCAUAGUGAAGACCUAGAAAAAGAUGUGGAAUUUGAAGUUGUGGGCGACACCCCUGAAAAAGUUGGCCCUAAACCAUCAGAACCAACAUCCAAAAACAUUACCAAUGGUAGUGAUGACGGAGCACAACCUUCAACAUCAACAGCUCCAGAUCAAGAUGAUCUAUUUAUAAUUGAUUCUGAAGAUGAAGGCCAUUCAGGUAAUGCUGAUGAUACGGAAAAUAAGAGCCGCAAGAGAAAACUAGAAGAUAAAGAGUGCGUCAGUACAAAGAGAGUGCGUACGGAGCAGACAGAAGAGCAAGAUGAAAUUAUAGCAUUAGACUGAACAUGCAGAUGUUGUUUGACAAAAUGAUUGAGUCCAUGUAAUGCAGCAACAGCAUAUUAUUUGGGGAUGUGAAAAAUGUCCAGAACUAGACUAAUUGUAAGGCUUUUGUUCUGAGGAAAUACCAAACCAUUGGCUUAAAUAAUUUUUGUCUGUUUCUCUUGAUGAUAAAGCUGUCAUCUCAAUAGAGUCUUCUAGAAGUUUUUCCAUAUUGAAUUCCAUAUAUUAAAUGUAGUAGAAACAUAGUUUUUAAAUACUUGCAGAUAAGUAUUUACUUAAACAGUCAUGAAAAUAAGCAUGUUAUUUUUGUGUAAAUACCUUAUAAGUAUAACUCAGUAGGACAAAAAAACCUACUCUGCUUUAGUAAAGGGUCAUCACUUGAUGCCCAGACUUGUAAGUACCUAAAUUUUUCUUUUGCUUGAAGAAAAGUAUUUUUAGUCUAGUCCUAAACAUUUUUCAUACCCUGAACAAGGAGAGAAUUCACUAAAGCAAAUUAGUGCCAUGUUUUAACAGUGUUCUUAAACUUUAACUGGCACUGUGUACAUUACUGUAAAACUGUUAAUUUACUCAAGUUUUUCAGCUCGUACUGCCUGGUAUGUCAAUGUAAGAAGCAAAUUUUUUGUGUAUUGUUACAGUUUCUGGUUAUUUAUAUUUGAUGUUUUGUAAACUCAGAUACUACUACUACACUGUACAUCUGACGGACCAAAUAAAUGACAUCUGAAGUACUUGCUAUA